AGCUGUUUCUCGGUUGCUCAAACCUUGCAACUUCUCGCGCAGCGACUCCUUCGUUCCAUCCAUGAUCAUCGCGCGACAAAGGCAGAGAAAGUACAUCGAAAGAUCGAUUCCAUGGCGGACGACAGUGUAGCGCAGAUCAUAGUCAACAGCCUGUACAGUGCGGGGGUCAGGAUCGUGUUUGGCAUCCCCGGGGCCAAAGUCGAUGCGAUUUUCGACUGUCUACUCGACCACCCCGAGAUCAGAUUGAUCGUAUGUCGACAUGAACAAAAUGCUGCCAUGAUGGCAGCGGCUGUUGGACGCAUCAGCGGCAUCCCUGGAGUGUGCGUAGCUACCUCAGGACCCGGGGCCUCCAACUUGGCCACAGGCCUUGUCACGGCGACAACCGAGGGAGAUCCAGUGGUGGCGAUUAUCGGUUCUGUCCCUAGACUGAUGAACACCAAACGGACACAUCAGUCGAUGAGAGCGUUGGAGAUCUUGGGUCCGACUUCCAAAAGCGCCGUUGGCAUCGACGUCGAAGACCAAGCCGCCGAAGUUGUCCUGUCCGCAUUCCGAACUGCCAGCACCUCACCCAAGGGUGCGUCUGUGGUUUCGAUACCUGCAGAUAUCGCUAAGGGCAGGUCCAAGUUCUUGCAAUUCCCCAGUCACGCCUUUUCAGCGCCGCGAUAUGGGCUUGCUCACCAAGACUUGCUGAAUGAAGCUGUAAAACUCAUCGAGGCCGCCAAAUUCCCUGUUCUCUUCUUGGGCAUGCGAUCGUCGUCUCCACAAGUGGUUGGUGCCGUCAGGAAACUCCUCACCUCCCACCCUCUGAUCACGGUGGAGACAUUUCAGGCUGCAGGUGCUGUUAGUAAAAAGCUGGCUUAUCUUUUCCAUGGAAGAGUGGGUUUGUUCCGGAACCAAGUUGGGGACAAGGCACUCGCAAAAUCAGACCUUGUCCUCGCUGUGGGCUAUGAUCCAGUCGAGUACGAUGCUAAUUUGUGGAAUCCAACCGCCGCACGAAAGAUCAUCCAUCUAGAUUACGCAUCAUCUGACGUUGGAGCAUACUACCAUCCAUUGUUGGAGCUUCUUGGCUCUAUCAAAGAGAACUUGCUUUAUUUGACAGAAAACCUGAAACAGGUAAUUGAUGUUACCAGAAGCGAAACAGCCCAAGAUCUGUCCGACCAGUUCCUGCAAUGGCAGAAACUCCCACAAAUCACACGAACCAGUGGGCUCGUCCAUCCGCUACACUUCAUCUCACAACUGCAAAAGGCAAUCUCCGAGAAUACGACCGUUGCAGUCGAUGUGGGUACGGUGUACAUUUACAUGAUGCGCUUCUUCUUUGCAUACCAACCACGUAAACUACUAUGUUCCGAUGGCCAACAGACCCUCGGAGUGGCUCUACCUUGGGCAAUCGCAGCAUCUCUGAUACAAGAGCCUCCGUGUUCGUCAAAGGUGGUGUCGAUGAGCGGCGAUGGCGGGUUCAUGUUCUCUUCACAGGAGCUUUCGACGGCUGUUCAACAGGGUUGCAACAUCACCCAUUUCAUAUGGAAUGAUAGCUCUUACAACAUGGUCCAGUUCCAAGAGGAGCUCAAGUAUGGACGCAGCAGUGGUGUCAAGCUCGGAGGUGUGGACUUUGUGAAGUUCGCCGAAAGCUUUGGCGCCAGAGGUUUCAGAAUGUCUGAUGAAUCAGAAGUUGAGGAAGUGAUGGCUCAAGCACUCGCUUAUCAGGGCGUGUCUUUGGUCGACGUCAAUAUCGAUUACAGCAACAACAAAGAACUGGCAGGUCACGUCAUUGACAGCGAGUUCAACUGAGCGAGGACGAGAGACGAGUUGGAAACCUCUCAUACCGUUGAGCAAAUAGUAUAGCAUCACCGAUCCACCAUAUAACUGAUCUUGCAGUAUUGCCGGAGAGGUCAGUCUCCUCACCUCAUCUAAAGCCAGGUUCUAGGGCGAUUUGAGAGCUUGUAGCUCCCCAUCGUAGUGAACCUUGAACGUGCACGGAAAGACAAAGUACGAGCCAUGAUCCUCUCUCAUGUAAACGUAGAACCCACCAGGGCGAGGAACCUGUAUCAGUUAGAUGCAUGAUCUUUCCUCCAACUUUGA